GAGAAGAGACACACCGACAGACAGACGAUAAAACUCAUCAGCUGCCUCACAAAGCUCCACACCUUACAUUACAUCAUCUGAGACAGACCAGGAAACCAGUUUGUUCCUGUUGAGUUGUCAGUGAGAAGAGACGCACCGACAGACAGACGCUGCUCUCAGAGACAAAAUGGCUUCCAUGUCAGAGGAGGAUUUCUGCUGUUCGGUCUGUCAUGAAGUCUUUAGAGAUCCUGUUGUUCUGUCAUGUAGCCACAGCUUCUGUAAAGACUGUCUGAAGAGCUGGUGGACAAAGAAACCAACACAGGAGUGUCCAGUUUGUAAGAGAAGAUCUUCAAAGCCAGAACCACCUCGUAACCUGGAGUUAAAGAAGCUGUGUGAGAGUUUCUUACAGCAGAGAGAUCAGAGAGCUUCAGAGGCUCUCUGCAGUCUGCACUCUGAGAAACUCAAACUCUUCUGUCUGGACCAUCAGCAGCCAGUGUGUGUCGUCUGUCUACAUUCAGAAAAACACUCCAACCACAGAAUCAGACCCAUCGAUGAAGCUGCAGAACAACACAAGAAGGAACUCCAGGAAACUCUGGAGCCCUUAAAGGAGAAGAUAAAGGUUUUUGAACAAGUUAAAGUGAAGUUUGAUCAAACAGCAAAACACCUGAAGGUCCAGGCCCAACGUACAGAGACGCAGAUUAAGGAUCAGUUUAAAAGGCUUCACCAGUUUCUAGAAGAGGAAGAGGAGGCCAGGAUGGCUGCACUGAGGGAGGAAGAGGAGCAGAAGAGUCAGAGGAUGAAGGAGAAGUUGGAGGCUCUGAGCCGAGAGAUAGCAGCUCUUUCAGACACAGUCAGAGCCACAGAGGAGCAGCUGAGAGCUGAAGACGUCUCAUUCCUGAUCAACUACAAGGCUGCAGUGGAAAGAGUCCAGCACCGCCCCCUGCUGGAUGAUCCACAGCUGCUCUCAGGAGCUCUGAUAGACGAGGCCAAACACCUGGGCAACCUGAGCUUCAACAUCUGGAACAAGAUGAAGGACAUGGUCUCCUACACUCCUCUGAUUCUGGACCCAAACACUGCUCAUCCAUAUCUCAUCCUGUCUGAAGAUCUGACCAGUGUGAGAUGGGGAGAGAAACAGCAGCUUCCUGAUAAUCCAGAGAGGAUUGAUUCUCACCUCUUUGUCCUGGGCUCUGAGGGCUUUAACUCAGGGACUCACAGCUGGGAUGUCGAGGUUGGAGACAGUACAGACUGGAUGCUGGGUGUGUUAGCAGAGUCUGUCCAGAGGAAGGGAGUCAUAGAGUCUGGAUUAUGGAGAAUAUGGUUCUCUAGAGGUAAAUACUCAGCAUGGUCUCUAUCAGCUCCAAACACUGUUCUCCCAUUUGAGAAGCAGCUCCAGAGGAUCAGAGUGACUCUGGACUGGAACAGAGGAAAGCUGUCGUUCUCUGAUCCUGAUACUAACACACACAUACACACCUUCACACACACUUUCACUGAAAAGAUGUUUCCAUUCAUUUUCACUGGGGAUAAAGUCCCACUGAAGAUAUCACCACUGAAGGUCUAUGUGACAAAACAACAGGUCUGAGUCUGUAGUUUUAGGGUGGUGAUAAUAAUAGCAAACAACUAUUCACUUCUUAAAUGUUAAUGUUUUCCAUCUUUUUAUGUAGAAAUAAUAUCUGAACUGAAUGCUAAAAUAAGUUCAAACUUCGUAUAGGCAGCUGCAAACAGUAACAGGAGUCAACAGAUUAAAUAUGAAAGAAUAUAAACAGAAUAAUGGUUGUUAAUAUAAAGGGUAGUAAACUGAUUGCAGCGGUACAGGAGACGGCU